AUGGUGUUGCAAGGAACAAGUCGAGUCAACGAAUCGAAAACUCCGGACCUCAUUUGUAAAAAGAUGACCAAACGCGAACAGCUGAACGUGCUCGUCAAGUGGUACUACCGACCGUGCGAACUGCCCGAGGUCGUCUACGACUCGUUGCUGCAGGAGCGCAACUCCGAAGAACACUGUAAGUACCGUUUCUUUCUGACGAGUCUCGGCUUUGAGGGUUCUGGAUCGUUGUUUCUUUCGUUGUUCUUUUUUGCGCUCUAUAUGACUCUGAUCGCACGUCUUGUCGCAGCGCCCUACUUGGUACAAAAAAAGCGACCUUUGACAGGGGACAGUAGUUGA